UGGCCGAUUCCAACGUUAGUGUCGCUCCUGAAGGCAACGUUCCCUGCUCGGUGUGGAAGAAGUUGAGUCUGAGGUAACAAACAUGGAAGGAAGGAACCCUUUCUAGGAACGUUCUGCCUGGGAACUCGCAGUCAGUCUCUCAGGGGUGAUAUGGAGGACAUUUGUGUGACGUAAUUAAAGGGGUUAAACGGGACUGUGUCGGAGGAAGAAAGGACAGCCUGGCCCCCCUAACCGAGACGAGGCGUUUGGGGUGUCUAACGGAGGGCAGGAAAAAUGAGGUUCACCCAGUUUUUGCUGAAAAACGGCUCUCUGGCUGGGAUACCGAAACAAGUGGAGAGGUUCUCCAAGUUCUCCCCCUCUCCCUUGUCUAUGAAGCAGUUCAUUGACUUUGGCUCUGCCAACGCUUGUGAGAAGACAUCUUUUGUGUUCCUGCGACAAGAGCUCCCAGUCAGACUAGCCAACAUCAUGAAGGAGAUCGAUUACCUCCCUGACAAGCUCCUGGGCACCCCGUCGGUCAAGAUCCUGACCAGCUGGUACUCCCAGAGUCUGAUGGAGCUGAUAGACUUUUUAGAAAAAGAUCCGGAUGAUAAAGACAUCCUGAAGAACUUCUCAAAGACUCUGGUAAACAUCCGGAACCGGCACAACAACGUGGUACCGACCAUGGCUCAGGGCGUGCUGGAGUACAAGGAGGCCUUCGGCGUGGACCCUGUCACCAACCAGAACGUUCAGUACUUCCUGGACCGCUUCUACAUGAGCCGCAUCUCCACACGCAUGCUCAUGAACCAGCACACAUUAAUCUUUGAUGGCAGCGUGAACCCAGCCCAUCCCAAACACAUUGGCAGCAUUGACCCCAGCUGUGAUGUUGUGGAGGUAGUAAAAGAUGCCUACGAGACAUCAAAGAUGUUGUGUGAGCAGUAUUACCUCACCUCUCCUGAAAUGGAGAUCAAAGAAGUCAACUCUAAGAGCCCCAGCCAGCCCAUACACAUCGUGUACGUUCCCUCCCACCUCUACCACAUGCUGUUUGAGCUCUUCAAGAAUGCCAUGAGAGCCACGGUGGAGACCCAUGAGACCUGCCCCACGUUACCGCCCAUCAAAGUGCGCAUCUCACUGGGCAACGAGGACCUCACCAUUAAGAUGUCUGACCAAGGAGGAGGAGUCCCUCUGAGGAAGAUCGAACGUCUCUUUAGCUACAUGUACUCCACCGCUCCCAGUCCCGUCCACGUAGAUAACUCCAGGAAUGCUCCUCUGGCUGGUUUUGGUUAUGGUCUGCCCAUUUCCCGCCUGUACGCUAAGUACUUCCAGGGUGACCUGCAGCUCUACUCUAUGGAGGGCUACGGCACAGCGGCCGUCAUCUAUCUGAAGGCCUUGUCCUCAGAGUCGGUGGAGAGACUUCCUGUUUUCAACAAGUCGGCCCUGCGCCAUUACCAGACCAGCAUCGAGGCCGACGACUGGUGCAUGCCCAGUAAGGAGCCGAAAAAACUAGGAAAGCAUGAGAGGAGCCAGUAACGGUGGAAGUGGAGGAACCAGCCACACUUGUGUUUGUAAAAUCUGAGGAGAUGUUUGGAAAACGGAUUCUUGAGCGUGAAAGACCACCGUGUGAUUUCUGUUUUAAUGACUUGGUGCGGCACGUGCAAGUGGAACAAGUCCUUUUAUCUUUUCCUAAAGCCAUUUUUACUCACACCAAACGUGUUCAGGAGGCAUAUGCUGAUGUUUUGACUGAUUAGGUCAUUUCUUUACUUCUGUCAGUAGGUGAUGGCUGCUGGAGAUGCAGUCUUAUCUCAGAGUUGUGUGUAUUUUGUUUGGACAUAGUUAGAGUGCCUGCGUUUAUCUGCUACCAAGUGGAAAACUGCAACAGAAAAGAGCCAAACAGCAGAUUUGAUCUUUGUUAGCUGAAGUUUUGCUGCUUUCACACCUCUGACCCCGAGUUCUCUGCAGGUGUUUGCAUCCUCACACAGUUUCACAAUAAAAAACAGUCAGGACUCCCGUCUGUGUGACAACAACUCAAAAGACUGGCUUCAGUGAGCAAAGUUGUGAUUUAGCUGCAGGCUAGACACGUCAGAGCCGAGAACAGUCCAGGCGACGCCGGCCGGAGAGGACUCAAGUUCAGCAGCACCAUCGGUGGCUCUCGCCGAGGGAGCAAAGUCGGUCUGUGGCUUUGUUUCUGUAACGUUAGCAGCUGAAUUAUGUUUGUGCUUUUGUUUCCAUGACAAAUGUAGAAGAGUGUAAACAUCACUGUUUCCUCUAGUCGAACCAUUUCAGGUGACGUUACGGUGCAAAUAGUAAUGAAGUCAUUUUUACCUGUGAUACCUUCCAGAUUCACCUUGUUUAAUCCUGUCCUCAUGUGCCCUAAACACACACACGUGUGUGUGUGUGUGUGAGUGUGUGUGUGUGUGUGUUAGUUUAGACCUGACAAGUAACAUAAGUUUUUAGUAGUUUUGUUUUUUGGUGCCACAUUUAAAAAGAAGUCAGAACUAAGUUGAAGUGCCAACAUAAUUCAGUAUUAUGGGAUGUAUUUUGGGGUUUAUGGUAAACAUUGAGGUCCAGCUGCAGGAUUGGGUCUGAUAAAUGUCCGACUUCAGAUUUAAGUUUGGUUUUUCUCAUGUAUUUCUGUAUUUCUAAGACAUAAAUUGGUCCAUUUAGAAAUGGCUCGGAGCCUAAAUAGCUCACAUAUUAAUGAGAUAUUUAAACAUGUUUUUAUUUUUAAUUAGGAGUUGUAAUCACUCUUCCUGAACAGCCUCUCUUUAGAUAAAACAAUCACACAAAAACACUUAAAACAUGCCUGGAAAUGUCAGUUUAAUGUUUUGUUGUUUUAAUCUGCGUUUGACUUUCCCUUUUAUGUUUAUUUUGGGUGAAAACUGUUUUAUAACGCCGUUAUCUUUAUUGAACAGGUUUGUCGAAGCACACUGACUCCAGCGUGGCCCACACACACCAGUCGUGUUUCUUCUUUAGUCCCAUUUAAAGCUUUUUACUAAAGUUUUGGUAUAUAUUUUUUUAUUCUUUAACUUUUCAGCUUCACUUGGAGGCCAGUGUGUGCUUCAUGUCUGAAAGGACCAGUUACUGUUGAGAAAAGUCCCAACAUGACGCCGUUUGCAGCUUUUAGUUGUUAAAAGCCAGUUUGCUGCCUUUGACGGACGUGUGUGAACUCACACAUCAUAAAUAAUAAUCAGGUUUUAUUCACAGGUUACCAGAAAUAAAGCAGACUUUGAAGCAAA